AUGAUUCGGUUCACGAUUCUACGUAAUACUAAGACAUCUCUUCUUUCUACGAGUAAUAUAUGUUUAUCAUUUGCCCAGGUGUCCACUAGUAGUCUAAUUUGGUCCAAUACUUUGAAUAGCACUGUUAUAACUAAAAACCCAAUAGUGCUAGCACCAAAGAGACAUGUUCAUGAUGGAAAGCAUUUUUUUACGACACCACAUCAACAACAGCAGACGAAGUUAGGGGAAACUGAAGAGGGAACUCGUCGCAAUAUAAAAGAAGAGGAUUUGAAAAGCAUUGGCCAAGCAAUAACACACCAACGAAACAAACGCCGAAAACAAAUAUGGUCUGCUGUGUUUGGGGGUAUAUUCGGCGUAAUAAUAGGAUAUUCAGUAAUCUAUAAAGUGAUAUAUUUAAAGGAACAAAGCUUCUUACCAUUGUUUCCUUCAUCCAAGAUACGUAAAUUAAGUGCAAGAGAUUUGAAAAAGGUUGACGUAAACCAGGUACAAAAGCUUUCUAAAUUAAGAGUUUUAGAAAUAUUAUCCGGCCAUGACAUGAUUAAAGAACAAUAUGGAGUGCCAUUAUUAGAUAAAGACGGAAGCUCACCUAGAUUAAAUGAAUUCAGCAUGUGGUGCGAAGACCAAGAUCCAUGUGUGACUGGUGUUGUAAUGGAGCCAGAUGAUCAAAGAAAUAGCUCACACACUUGGUAUAGAAUACCUUUAGUUUGUAAAUGGAGGAUAACGCAUCGGCCAAUAAGCAUACGCGGGACCAUCGACGACUUAUUGAACCGCAUUGGAUUAGAAACAGCGGAUUUAUUCGAGAUUAUAUCGCCUGAGCGAGUAUACGGAUCGUUCAAGUACGAAUACCCGCUACAGGGGGACUCUCAUGCAUUGCACCUCUGGUUCCAUGGCGAGAUCGAACUGGAUGAUAAUUCAUUGAUUGUAUAUAACGGGAAAUACCAUGUUGAUGUUAAACUGCAAGAAAUCGACCUUUUCAGGCGUGAAAAGAAUGGGCAAUUAGUGCAGUAUGUUCUGUUUAAAAACAAUCCCGUGAACAGAUAA